AUGAUUGGGCAGUGGCAUGCCUGCUCGCGAUCCAUGGCCCCGUGCCAAUCUCUCUGGGCUGUGUGCGGUGGCACGGCUGUACCAGCCCGACACCAGCACAGCGCCAGGCUGCCCUUGCUAAGACAGAGCACUUUCCCAGAGGGCAGCAGGACCAUCAAGCCCUUCACCGAGAUCCCUGGGCUCUGGAAGAAUGGGUUGGCCAACCUCUACACCUUCUGGAAACUGGAUGGGUUUAAAAACAUUCAUCGUAUCAUGCUCCACAACUUCAACACCUUUGGACCCAUUUAUCGAGAGAAAAUCGGGUACUAUGAAAGUGUGAACAUCAUCAAACCAGAAGACGCAGCCAUACUGUUCAAAGCAGAGGGGCAUUACCCCAAAAGACUGAUGGUGGAGCCCUGGAUGUCCUACAGAGAAUACAGGAACCGCAAACGUGGUGUCCUACUCAAGGAUGGAGAGGACUGGAAAUCCAAUCGGGUAAUACUGAAUAAGGAAGUGAUUUCCCCAAAGGUACAGGAGAACUUUAUUCCCCUGUUGGAUGAGGUGAGCCAGGACUUUGUGGCACGAGUCCAGAAAAAGAUUGAAAUGAGUGGAAAGAACCAGUGGACCACUGACCUCUCCCAUGAGCUCUUCAAAUAUGCACUGGAAUCGGUGGGCUCGGUGCUAUACGGGGAACGCCUGGGGCUACUGCUGGAUUAUAUUGACCCCGAGGCCCAGCACUUCAUCGACUGCAUCUCUAAGAUGUUCAGGACCACCUCGCCCAUGCUGUACAUCCCUUCUGGCCUGCUACGCCGCCUGGGAUCCAGGGUGUGGAAGGAGCAUGUGGAGGCCUGGGAUGGCAUCUUCAACCAGGCUGACCGCUGUAUCCAGAACAUCUACAGACAGCUGAGUACACAUGGUAGUGGGAAGAAGUACCCCGGGGUGCUGGCCAGCCUGCUGAUGCUGGACAGGCUCUCCAUCGAGGACAUCAAGGCCAGCAUCACUGAACUCAUGGCCGGAGGGGUGGACACGACCUCCAUCACCCUGCUAUGGACCCUGUAUGAGCUGGCCAGAUACCCCGACCUGCAGGAGGAGCUGAGGUCUGAAAUCGCCGCGGCACGGGCAGCUUCACAGGGAGACAUGGCCCAGAUGCUGAAGAUGGUGCCUUUGCUCAAAGGAGCCCUGAAGGAAACACUGAGGCUACAUCCUGUUGCUGUUAGUCUGCAAAGGUACAUAACUGAAGAAAUAGUGAUCCAAAACUACCACAUUCCAGCCGGGACCUUGGUCCAGUUGGGCCUGUACGCCAUGGGCCGGGACUACCGCACCUUCCCCCGGCCGGAGCAGUACGAGCCCAUGCGCUGGCAGCAGAUGGACACCCGCCACUUCCGGAGCCUGGGGUUCGGGUUUGGCCCUCGGCAGUGCCUCGGCCGCAGGAUCGCCGAGACGGAGAUGCAGCUGUUCCUGAUACAUAUGCUGGAGAACUUCAGGUUCGAGAGGCAGAGACAGGUGGACGUGAGGAGCACCUUUGAGCUCAUCCUUCUGCCUGAGAAGCCCAUCAUGCUGACCAUAAAACCACUUUCGGACAUGAAGUGA